AUGGGCGACACCCCACUGGCCUCGCUGUCCUUGACUCACGUCCACUACAACCCCGAGGAUCCGCUGUCAUUUGCGUCGGCAUGGCUGGCUCUACUACCCCAGGCCCUUGUCGUGUCCUAUACCACCUUGGUCUGGGCCACUAGAGAGGUGGAGGUGGUCCUGAUGUUCGCUGGGCAGCUAGGCUGUGAAGCAUUGAACUUUGUGCUGAAGCGUCUCAUUAAGGAAGAGCGCCCGAAGGAAAUGUUCGGCAAGGGCUACGGCAUGCCAUCCUCCCACGCCCAAUUCAUGACCUAUUUCGCCGUCUACUUGACCCUCUUUCUCGUAUUUCGACACUCUCCAACCUACGCGGGCUCCUAUCCUUACUCAGAUUUCUUGCUCCGAACGGCCUUGACGGUCGGGCUUUGUGCCAGCGCUGUCGCGGUCUCGGCCAGUCGGGUCUACCUGAGCUACCAUACCCCCCGACAGGUUCUAGCGGGCUCUGCAACUGGCCUCGUAUGCGCCUUGGGCUGGUUUUUGGUGACUGGCCUGCUCCGAAGCACGGGGUGGAUUGAGUGGGCAACCGAUUUGACCCUGUCUCGUCUAUUGCGCGUUCGCGACCUGGUGGUAAGUGAAGACUUGGCCGAGGCCGGCUGGCAACGAUGGAAAGCACAAAGGUUGAAACAGCGCCACAGUAAAGCGGGCAAGUCGGAGUGA